AUGUCCAUGAAUAUGUAUGUCGCGCUUCCUCUUUACAUGUACCCUUCGGUCGGUGUAUGGCAACCGCUCUACGAUGCUUUGAACAACAACCCACAAGUUACCUUCAACAUCAUUAUCAAUCCACACAAUGGACCCAGCGGCUCUCCCCCAGACUCCAACUACAUCUCCAACAUUUCUCUGAUCAACUCAUACACCAACGUCAACACACUUGGCUACGUACACACCAGCUACGGCAAACGCUCUCUCUCCGAAAUUUCCUCUGAUAUCGACACUUACGAAUCCUGGUCCACAUACACGAACUCGAAUAUUUCGCUCAAUGGCAUCUUCGUCGACGAAACACCUGCAUCAUUGGAGUUCCUCGGCUACAUGGCGACAAUCCACGAUAAAGUCAAAUCCACAAUGACAAUCGGCAAUCUCGUCUGGACAAACCCCGGGGUCGCUGUCGAUGCCUCUUUCUACAAAGUUGCUGAUAUGAUUAAUGCUUACGAAAACACAUAUGAUCAUUGGAUGAAUCACGGGGGCAAUUCGAGUAUCCCACAAGCAAGGAGGUCGAAGAGCACGGUUAUGUUGCAUAGUUAUCCAUCAACUACGCAUACUAUGGCUAGUGAUGUUGAUGAGUUGGUGGAUGCUGGGUAUCGUGGGGGUUUGCUGAUCGUCAACGAUCAGUAUUCGAGUUUUGAUGCGAUGUGGCCGACUUUUACGAAGGAGGUCGGACAGUCGAACGCGAACGUCAAGUGCUGA